AUGGGUUUGUAUGUGAAAAAUAAGUUUCCGUUGGUUUCUUUGGUAGUGUUUUUGAUUCUUGUUACAUCUUCAUAUGGAAGAUUCACUAUAAAAAUUUCAGAAGGUGAUAUAAGCACCAUCUGCUCAAAAGCUAAAAAUCCUUCAUUUUGUUUCAACUUUUUUAAAUCGACACCUGCAACUAAAACACUGGAUCUUUCUGGUAUCGCAAAGUUUUUGAUCAAUGAUGCAACAAAAGACGCCUCAGUCACACAAAAGCAAUUCGAGUCACUAGCAAAAAGCACGGCUGAUCCUCGUUCCAAGAAUAUUUAUAAUCAAUGUUUAGAAAAUUAUAAAAAUGCACUUGGCGAGUUCGAUGCGGCCCUCAAAGCUUUGGAAGCCAAGGACAAUGCCAGUUUAAACAUUAAAGUCUCGGCUGCGAUGACAGACGGAGACUCGUGCAACUCUGAGUUACCAAGUGUUAAACCUAGUCCACAACUUUUAAAGCAGAUCUCUGAUAUUGACAACCUCUCAGGCAUUGUUUUGGUCAUUUCUAACAUAUUGCCUAAAAACUAA